AGGCUUUGUCGUAUCUCGGUACUAUUUGCUGUAUCGGUAAAAGCACCUACCCUCAGCAAUGGAUUAUUCAAAAAGCAAAAUUCGUUAACGAAAUGAAAAUCUUAUUUUAUGCAGAAGAUUGCAGACAUUUGAAUUAAGAAUAAUAAUAAUAGUUUAUAGAAUUCUUUGUUUAAAAUGUCUAAUGUGGGAGCUGAUCAGCAAUCCCUGCCAGACACUAAAGUAAGUAGACGCGACAUGACGUAGUAAGUUGAAAUAAUUAAUUCAGUAAGUAAGUAGUUACUUGGAGUUUAGAGAUAAUAUCAAUAUCAAUACAAUAUUUAUCAUUUAUCAAUCAUCAUUAAUUUAAUGAGGAUAAUGAUAUUGGGUUUAGUUUAGUUUAAUUUAAAGUUUAGUCAGUCAAAAUUUAAAAUUGAAAUAAAUUUAACUAAUGUAACCCUCUUGAGACGGAGCCCAACUGUUUGGACUGUCGAUGUCAUUCAUUUAUUUAAUAAGUGAUUAUGAAGGGGAACUGUCUGAAAUAAUGUCGCCGAACAAUGAUGAAGGCAUCAAGUUCAAGUCAUUCAAGUCCAAGUCACCCAUCAAGUAACAUUAACUUAAUGUUACUUGAUGAGUGACAUAACAUAGUUAAAGUUAUACUAUACUGACAGUGUCAGUGUCUAUACUGAACUGUCUUAGAAUGUCUAUACUUGCAAAAUUUCGCUGUUAUGGGAGUGUCAACGGAAGAGGAAAUCUAGUUGACGACAAGUAAGUGUAAGUGUAAGUUUUUGGUAAAUGCAAAGAAUGGAUGCCAUGUUUUCCCCAUGGCCGCCAUCUUGGUUGACACGACCAGUUAAUUAUGUCACUUAAACCUAAUUAAAUUAAAUGUAUCCCUAAACCUAACCUGAACCAUAAAUGUAUUCUUAAACCUAACCUGAACCCUAAAAAUGUAUCCCUAAACCUAACCUGAACCCUAAAAAUGUAUCCCUAAACCUAACCUGAACCCUAAAUCACGGUAACUUUAAUACAAACAUAAAUUACACCAUGAUCAUGGCAUCCAUUCUUUGCAUUGACCAAGUUUUUCUAAGAGAAUCAUGCUCUUGUUACCUGUUCUCCAGAACGUGAUGCGUUCGACCCUACAAAGUCUUUGAGAAACAUGCUUCAACAUGAAUGUCAAUAUCAAUAUGUCCGUUUGUCUUUUGUUUAAGGACAUGGGUACAAGUGUGAUAUAUAAAAUUCUUGAUUGAUAAUUAUCCUACUUUAAAAGUUGUAGACAUGGUAUCGUGGGAUCAAAAUAUUCAAUUUUGUUAGUAAAAUGUUCAAAUAUAUGUUGAACUUUUUCAUUUUAUGAUGUUAAAAUUGUCCAUAUGCAAAACUAUUCUGAAAAAAUUAUUUCAACGGGUUAAGAUAGGGGAUGGGCAGUUGGAAUGUGCUUAUGGCUUCAAAGGGGCGGUGGAUGAAAACAGUUUGAGAGCCACUGGUCUAGAAUAAUUAUUGGCAUUUGUCAAAGAAGAAUUGGGCAGUGGGGAACUUGCCAAGUCCCAACAAACAAGGGCUGUUAGAGGUGUUAUAUUUAUUAUGGCUUCCCUGACUGUUUCCCACUCAGCAGUCCGUCCGUCCGUCCCCCCCCCCCCCCCCCCCCCCCCCCCCCAAAUCCCCACUCUAAGCAACUGGUGAACCCAUGGAGCAUCAAAUUGUUGAUAUAAUUUGAACCAGGAGCAUUACCAUAAUUUUUAUUGAGUUCAAUUUUAUAUGAUUUUUCACUGCUACUUUGGUGUUGGUUUGGAUAUGAACUCCAGCCAACAUAUUUGUAACUCAUUCAUAACACAGCCAGACUCCACAAAAUUUUACAACAUAUGUUUUUCCCAAACUGGUCAUCUAUUAAAGUGCUUCCCAUUUCUGACUUUUGCUUGACUUUAUGUUUUUGACUUUAAAUAAUCUGAAUUUUAUUCCAAGAUCUUAAUAGUUUUGACCAAAAUAAAAAAUUGUAAAAAUGUUUUUCGUAACCGGUAUUCUAUUUUUCUUUGUCUAAUCUUCAGUGGGGUAACUUGUACAUUCAAUAGCAAUCUUUUUUUUAAUCCACUCUAUUGGCUUUUCUGCAUCUUUUAAACUUUUGACUUGUUAGAUGGAGUUUGCAGUGGAAAUGAGAAGUCCUUGUUGUGCCAACCGUGUCAAAAAUGCUCUUGAUGGCUUGAAAGGUAACCACACCAGUAUAUUAUUAUAUUUUCAAAAAGCACCAGAUUUCUGUGACAGUGGCCUAAGAAGGAAGUGGGGGGGGGGGGGGGGGGCACAUUUUUUUUUUUUUGGGGGGGUGGGGGUGGGGACACAUUUUUAGUUAUUUUAAUACAAUAAAAUUAAUUUUACUGUAACAAACACAACCAAAUGCUGAAUAUGAAAAUAUUUUGUGUAGCAUUGAAAAAUAAAUUGAUUCAAGUAGUCCUCAUUAAUGUUGAAUUAUUAUUUUUUAAUCUCUAGGCAUAACUUCUAUUAAUAUGGAUUUCUCGACCCAAAGGCUGUUUUUAGAGGGCAGUAUAUUAGCUGAAACCGUAAGAGAUGUUAUUGAAAAAGAGGCAGGUAUUUCAGCAGUGCUACUAGGACUAGGUACAACAUGUAAGCAAGUCUUAUUUCGUCUUAGACAUGAGUGGUUCUCAAACUUUUAUGGGCCAUCAGCCCUUUCAUCCUUAUCACCUGGAAUAUUAUUUGAUGCCUACAAGGAAAACAAGGAGACCUCAUCUUUCUUUAAAAUGUAUAAUUUAAUUUAAAAAUUUGUUCCUGAAAAAAUUCAACAGCACCUGAUUCAAAUCUCCCUAGCUCUUCAGCACCCCCCAGGCAUCCCACCAUACUAUUUUGAGAACCACUGCUAUUCAUUAACCAAUGUAAAGUUAAACUUUUGCUACUAAAGUUUCUCAUGGUGCUUUAUUUUAAAGGCAAUAGUGAGUCAAUUUCAAAUUUAAUGGAUAUAGUUCAGUAUGUUGCCAUCAAAGUUUGACAGAAAGUAAAAUCUUCGCCCUUGGCAGCCAUGUUUCUAGUUCAGCCACAAAUCCUAAUGUAUUUUUUUUUUCUGCAGCCAAGCAAAAUUUUGGUGCAGGUGUUGCAGCCAUCAGUAUUGGAAAUUCAGGUGUUCAAGGGUUGCUUCGAUUUAUUCAAACAGAAAACUCUUGUAUCAUUGAAGGAACCAUUGACAAACUUCCCACAGCGGAUCCCGUGUACUUGACAGUGCAUGAAUCUGGUGAUGUGACUGCUGGCUGUGAUAGCUGUGGCUCUCUCUUUAAAUCAAGUGAUGUAAGUCAUUUGGCACCUUCUCAGUCUAUUAUAUAUAAAGCUGGAAUGCUGUCUGGUGAAUGAUGAAUUUUAUUCAUUCUAGGUCAUCUGCAUUUUUCAGAAGCCAUCUUUUUAUUAUGCAUCAUAUAUAUUAUAACAUUCACUUUUAAAACAGGUCUGUCUACCCCAAUAUGAAAUUUAGUUUUAUAAUCUAAUCAUGGUACCCAACCUUUUUGACUUGCGGAGCCAUUUAUUGGUGUUAUUUUCAAUGGGGGAGCCUACCCUGUGUCUUACAAGUUAAUGGUGUUCAGGAAUAGUGUUGGGAUGGUUGGUGGUGUGGAAUUUCUGAAAAGUGGAGCACAGAUUGGGAGCCACUGACCUAGUGUAUUUAUAGUUGCCAGCCAAUUGAGGAAAUAUAGCUGUAAAAUCAUAUGAGCAUUGAAGGGAUAAGGGGGUAAAAGCUGCAUAUGUCUAAUGAAAUCUCGAACCCCCACCCCCUCUCCCUUGCUCCAAUUAAAUUUUGCCUAAUCAAAGCGUGGUAGGAUUUAAGACAGCUCACUUUAAAAAAAAACCACCCCAACCAGGACAGGUUUUGAAAUGCUUUUUUUUUGUCAUCUGAAUUUCCCAAGAGAUAAGUAAUGUUAAAGUUCUUAAAUCCAAUCUUUUUUCUCAGCCCAUGGGACAAAUCAUUAGUCUUUAAAAUGGAUUUGGGGUUAUCGGUUGUGCUAGGUCAGGGGUUUUCCUUUCAGCUAUCUUGGCCACCAUGCAUUCAGAAGUCAUUAAUGUAUUUCACAAUUGUUGACAGCCAAGUCUCUUCAUUGUUUAACCCGCUAUCUCAGUUUCAAGGUAUUCUCAGCCAACUUGAACCAAAGCCGAACCAAACAGCAGAGUUCAAACUAGUCAACCCGAAUGUCAAGUUGUCAGAAAUAUUGGGUCACUGUGUUGUGGUGCAUAGAGGAAACCAGAAACUAAUAGAAGAGAAUAAGAGUGAGAGGUAGGUAGCUAGAUAUAUGUUGUUCUUUGUUUGUUUUUUUUGCAUAGCUUUUUAAUAAGAUUAAUGAGAACAUUUAAAUUCUUAAAUACUAAAAUUAGUCCAUUUUUUAAUGUCACUGUUAUUUUAAAGAUGUCAAAUGUCACUUUAAAUGAGAUAAUUGUGUUUUUUUUUCUGUUACAUAAGUUAUUUAAUUAUUGUAGAUAUUUCAAUACAUAAAAUUAUUAAUAAAAAAUUUUGUAUUAGCAAUAGCAUAUUUUUUAUUUACAAAGCAGCAGUUUUUUUAUUCUGUUUUUGCAAUCAUUUAUAAUAAUUUUGUGACAUUUAUCAUUACUUAAAAUACUUUAAAAUCUUUUUUUUUGGUUUUUUUGUUGUUUUUUUUUUGUUUUUUUUGUUGUUCCUUAUAUGUUUAAUAACUCAGGUUAAGGGUUUAAUACAAAGAUUUCAGUUGUUAUACAUUUGAAAUGUGUUCAUCAUAAUUUAUACAGGUACUAAAAAAAUAAUGAUCGAUUUUCACAGAUUAGCAUGUGGCAUAGUUGCCAGGUCUUCUGGAUUAUAUGAAAACUCCAAGCGCUUCUGUGCUUGUGAUGGCGUGACCAUCUGGCAACAGCGACAGAGAGAGAAAGAUAUGAAGUCUUGAUGUGUUGAAUGAUUUAUGUGGAAUGUUGGUGUGUAUGUUAGUAUAAUUUAUGUUAAUUCGCUUGCCAAGAAUAUUGUAGUAAGCAUUUUGAAACGUUCACUCUGUAGAGCUUCUGCUUCUAGAAAAGCUCACAAUCAAAUUAAUAGACAUUUUUUUCACAGAAUAUUUAUCACUGACUUUGAUGCCUUCUGCUUCAUAAAAACUAUAGAGAAACUACAAAUUUUGUUUUUUUUAAUUUAUUGAUUAAUACAAGUUUUUGGGGCAGUAAAAAAGAUUUUUUUACCAGCUCCAGCUUCGAGCACCUGUCCAAACCACUGGUUUAAAUAGAGUGUAACAAAUGAGCUCAAUUGUAUAACAAAUUACAGUUUGCAAUCGUUACAAUAAAAUGUGUCUUUUGUUUGCUAUACCAGCUGAGCAGCAUGUGUGCCUUGAUAGGUAGUUUAUCUUCAUGUAAAAAGCAAUGUUUAUGUAAGUGUUAAUAUUAAUAUGGUGGAGAUCGCUUUGUUGUAAAAAUCACAUCUCAUUAUGUUUAUUUUGCCUCAUGUGCUCUUUCCUUAUCUGUUGAUGAAAUCAGAGACUGGCACAUUCCAGCGUGAUACGUUUCCUUAAUUUGCACGGAUCUUCCAUUUGCAGUUUUUACAUUUUUGCCCCCAAUAAAUCAAUCUCUGAAUGAA